AUGUCUCUGAUUUCGAACUUUUUCGCCCACCGUCAGAGCAAUGUUUUCGACCCGUUUUCGAGGGACAUCAAAGAUCCAUUUGAAGGCUUCCCCUUCUCGAGCACCAUGCGAAUCCGGCGCCCUCCACCAGUGAAGCCUCGGGUAAAGAUCUUGAGUAGUUAUGGAAGCUUGAGCUGCGAAGCAGACUAUAGUAAGGAUAUAACACAAAUGAAGACGAACAAGAAUGUACAGCACGACUCCAUGCUCGACUUACUCAACCCUAGCUGCACGAAGGAACUUAUGAUUGAAGAACAUUCUAGAAAUCGACUAUUGAGUGACAAACAACGCAAUCGUCAUGAUGCAUUUUUCGCAUAUGAUGCUGGUUUGAUUCGGCUCAUAACAAAUUGGAAAAACGUAUCAAGGAUCGCAGCUAGUGAUUUAAGUAAUGAGGUUGAGCCACUCUUGCUAGCUACAUACCAGCUGAAAACAAGAGACGGUAAUCUGAUUACAAAUGUUAGGAAGGUCAGACACGAGAUUAAGCUCAUAGGACAUGUGACAUUGAUGAUUGAGGGGUAA